AUCACAGCGCAUUCCUGGGCAGUUCUUUGCUGCCAACAUCUGAUUAGAACCAUAUCUGAAUCGCUGAGAACUUGCCUUAAUCCACAUCAGGGAAGGGAAACGACUUAACAGGGCCCCCGUACUGUCUUAUCUGCCGGCCGGGAGACCCAUUGGAACAUGUAGAAUCAGUAAGCGAAGUUAGUCACCGGCUCCAUUGAGUAUGUGUCGCUGCUGAGGUCUGCUGCUUGCAACAACGUUCUAGAGGAGCUGCUUUUCAUUUAGACACGUCUGUGCAUUGUGUGAGGCUGGCCUUCAAUCAUGUCGACAGAAGUGGAGACAAAUGCAAACAACCAGGCAGAUCUGGCUGCUGUGAAGACUCCAUCUAAAAAGGAAAAGAAGAAAGGGCCAGAGAAGACGGAUGAGUUCCUGCUGGCUAGGUUCAAAGGUGAUGGAGUCCGGUAUAAGGCCAAACUGAUUGGAGUGGAUGAUGUUCCUGAAGCAAGAGGAGAUAAAAUGAGCCAAGAUUCUAUGAUGAAACUAAAGGGCAUGGCAGUAGCUGCUCGGUCCCGUGGUCAACACAAACAGAGAAUUUGGGUGAACAUAUCAUUGUCUGGGAUAAAAAUAAUUGAUGAGAAAACUGGGGUAAUAGAACAUGAACAUGCUGUAAAUAAAAUAUCCUUUAUUGCUCGUGAUGUUACGGAUAACCGAGCAUUUGGCUAUGUUUGUGGUGCUGAGGGCCAGCAUCAGUUCUUUGCCAUAAAGACAGCCCAGCAGGCUGAGCCUCUAGUUAUAGAUCUGAAGGAUCUUUUCCAAUUAAUCUUCAAUCUGAGGAAAAAAGAAGCAGAAGGCUCACAGAAGCCCAUAUGUUCAACCACCAUUCAGUACUCCCCAGACCACAGCAGUGGCUGGGAGCAUGUUCACUUAUUUGUCAUCAUUCUCUUUGUGAAAGAUUGUUUUCCCUCUUUGUCACAGGGUGUUGAGCAGCUGGAUUUGUUUGGAGAUGUGUCAACUCCUCCUGACUUACACUCUCCCACAGAGAGUAAAGAUAUCCUCUUGCUGGAUCUGUCCACUGACACUGACAGCAAUCAGAACUGUGUAAAAGGAAAUCCCUUCACCUCCUGUCCUUCUGUACCUCGGCCAAGGCCACAAUCAAAUGUGUCACCUGAGAAUCCCUUCUCUUCCCAGCUCAGUUUCUUUCCUGCACCUACUCCAGAUCCUUUCAGUGAUGAUCCUUUCUCGAACAAUAACCAAUCGGCACACCCUGACUCUGUAAUUGUCCCCCACAAUUUCAAUCCGCACAAAGAAAAUUCAGAUCAUGUCUUCAGUAAUCCAAAGGUAAACGCUGGUCAGAACGGUGAUUCUGACUACUUCGGGGAGCAGUUCGAUCAGAUCUCAAAUAGGACUGUUAUUCAGGCAUUAACUAACGGCCAGUGGCCCUUGGAGAACAGGAUGGCAGAAGUGGCGACUUGGACUCAGAAUGGGAUUUCUGAGAAGGACCACAAUGGUUUACACAGCAAGCCUACCCAAAACCCCUUUUUGGAAACAUCUGACAAAAGCUUAUCUCUGCAACUCGGAGUGAAAAACAACUCGAUGAGCAAGGCAGAUCCUUUGAGUUCCCCAACACAGGAGUCUGUGAUUAUUAGCCCUCCACCCCAGAAUGCCAAGGCUGGACGAGGGAGGAGAAGUGUAAAGUCCCCUACGAAUGACCUGUUUGGAGCUGACCUGUUCACUCCAGCCAGCCAGCCAGAGACUUCAUCCCCACCACAACCCGACGCCAUGCCGACCAACCCUGUUAAUCUUUUCAACAGCUGCCCGGCCACCACUGCCCCUCCUGUGCCAGGUUUAGGGGCCUUGUCACUGGGAGCUCCUCAGACAGCACCUCCAGUAGGAGCAGCACCAUGGAGUCCAGCACCUUCUCCCAUGUUCCCAUCUUCUGGUGUCCUGUCACAGGUUUCAGUAUCGGGUCCUCAACCCCCAUCUUUUGCCCAGCCCGGGGCAUUUGGCACCCCACCAGUCCCCAGCUGGGGGCAGUCAGCAGUAUUUGGGGCAGCCCCUGCACCUCAGCCCCCAGCCUGGGGCCAGACAGUAGCCCCCGCUGCCCCUGCAGCCUGGCCUCAGCCUGCCCCCCUUACUAACCCCUUUCAGCCUCAGAUAUUUCCCACCACUGUUCCUGGGCUCAUGACUGGGCUCCAGCAGUCAGGCCCUCCACCCCUACCUCCCCCACGACCUGCUCCCCAGAAAGAAGCCCCCAGGGUUGAGAACAAUGCUUUCAGUGCUUUGGACCCUCUGGGGGAGAAGGAGAAGAAGAACGUUAAGGAUAUGUUUAAAGACUUCCAGAUGGCAAAACCACCAGCAGUCCCAGCCAGGAGGGGUGAACAGCAAGCAGCCUCUAACACCAGCGGAGCCUUCACCCAGUAUUUCACUAGCAAAGUGGGCCUGCCUCAGGACGCUGCUGAUCACGAUGACUUUGACAUCAACCAGAUAUCAACCAAAAUCAGUGAAGCUCCAAAACCUGCACCCCGGCAGUCUGCUCCAUCUCCUGCUAGUCCUCCACAGCACCUCUUUGAUGAUUCCUUUGGGUCUGAUCCUUUUGGAGCUCUUCCUGCUGCAACGAAGGCUCCAGCCCCACAGCCAGCCACAUCAGAUCUUUUUGGAGAUGCCUUUGGCAACCCGUUUGCAUGAACAUCACGUUGCAUCAUCUGGCUUUGACAUUAUGUGAGUGCCUCCGGAGUAUGAGAAAAUCAGGAGCUUACUUAUAAAGAAUUAUAACAAUCAUGAGAAGCAGUCCAGAUUUCCUGUUGUCACAGGGUCACACAGAUUCAUCUCAAGAUCUUGUGAUGUUUCAUUUAUUUAAAGUCACUCUGAUCCAUGCUUGUUGAAUCACAUACACUAGGAUACAUUUACUGCAGUUUACAGUUUUGGAAAGGUUUCUGUUUCAUAGUGUCCCAUAUAUAAAUGGAAAUGCAAUUUAUUCCAAAUAAAGGAAGCUAAUCUUGAAUCUAGGUACAUACUGUCAUGAUUACCUUUUAUUCAGUGUUUAUAAUGAACAUUUGAUUUUUUUAUGACCUGUACAAAGGUAAAACUCUGAUGAUGCAGUGUUUUCUAGCUCUUUUUGAGAGCAUUAUAAAAUCCUGUUAAAUGUUUAUGGUUUCAAGAAACAUAAAGGUUUUAACUCUUUAAAGUCUAUCAAUAUUGGUACCAUUCAGGACUUUAAAGUAGAAAACCCCUUCAUUGUACAACAUUGUAAAACAUUUUUGUGUUUAACAUACAGCUUCACUUGGGUAAUGUCACUGGUGUGUUUACAAAUCAGUUCAGGCACUUGUGUAAAAUUAGUGAUGAUUGAUGUUGAAAAGUUCAUUUUUUCAGGGAACAAAAUUUAAAAAUCUUAAUGUAUACACACGCACACUCGUUACUUUUCCUGCCGUUGUGAGAAUUCCCCAAGGUCACUCAUUCUAUUUUUAGCAAUUAUUACAAAUUCUACCCUAAUGAAACAUGUGGUGAAAAUACACAAAUACUGUUGGCACUUUUAGAUGUAAAAGCUGAUGUCAUUUAGGUUACAGGGAUGUCCUCACAUCAUAUUCUGGUCAGGGGUUAUUACUUUUUUGAUUUUUUUUUCUUUGAUUUUGUUUGCAGAUUGAUUGCUGUAUGUUCCCACAAAUCGAGUUCUGCUUAAAAAACAAAUUUCCUUCAGUUAUAAACAAGACACGCACACAUGCAUCUUGCUGAUUUUGUUUUAAGAAUGGCUAUAAACUUUUCAACUGAUUUUCUCUUAGGUUGCCAUUAGGUUGCACAGCAGUUUAUGCGUCUAGGCACAUGGUCUAAAAAAUUAAAUGUAACCAAAACUGAUGCUAAUGAGCAUAUUUAAAAUUAAGUUAGUUUCUGGCAUUUUUUAUAUGGCCAUACCAUUCUGAUUUACAGUACAUUGAAAUGUGUGUGAUUCAAUAAGCCUCAGAUCACUGGCAUGGCUUUAGCCAUCUAGGUUUUCCAGCAACAAUAGUUCAGGGAAAUGUAUUUGUCCAAUAUUUCUAGUAUUUAGAUCUCAACAUGAUUUAAGCAUUUUCCCCAGAACACAAAACAACUGACUUCAAAAACAAAAGGUGUAUGUACUGGUAUAACCUGAAAUUAUCCAACCGUGUUUAUGACACAGCUGUUGAAACAAUUACACUAUUACUGGAAAUGAAAGUAUGCUUUUGUAGAAACAUCUUUUGUCCACUAGUCCUCUUUAUGUUGGUCGUGUAAUGACAAUGAAUUUAUUAUCAAGACUUUGAAAUAAACUGGAAUUUUAGUUUGACUAUUUCAUACAUCUGUAUAACACAAUUUGUAUCAAAAAGUACGUAUGACAUUCAGUUAUGCCUUAUAAUAAAGCAAUAACAUUCUGAAUGA